ACUGUAUUAAGGCUUUGCCGUAUAUUUACUGUAUUAAGGCUUUACAGAAUAUUUGAAAUAAAUACAUUAGGCCCUAAUACAUGGAUUUCGCAUGACUGGGCAGGGGCACAGCCAUCGAUGGGCCUCGGAGGGCGUAGGCACACCCACUUGGGAGCCGGACAGGUCCAGCCAAUCAGAAAGAGUUUUUCCCAACAAAAGGGCUUUAUAACAGACCGAAAUACUCCUUUCAACAGCUGUCCGGGUGGCUGGUCGCAGACGAUCCCGCAGGUGACUAAGCCUGAUGUGGAGGUCCUGGGCUGGCGUGGUUACACGUGGCCUGCGGUUGAAGAGGUCCUGGGCUGGCGUGGUUACACGUGGCCUGCGGUUGAAGAGGUCCUGGGCUGGCGUGGUUACACGUGGUCUGUGGUUGAGGAGGUCCUGGGCUGGCGUGGUUACACGUGGCCUGCGGUUGAAGAGGUCCUGGGCUGGCGUGGUUACAUGUGGCCUGCGGUUGAAGAGGUCCUGGGCUGGCGUGGUUACACGUGGUCUGUGGUUGAGGAGGUCCUGGGCUGGCGUGGUUACACGUGGUCUGUGGUUGAGGAGUUCCUGGGCUGGCGUGGUUACACGUGGCCUGCGGUUGAAGAGGUCCUGGGCUGGCGUGGUUACACGUGGUCUCCGGUUGUGAGGCCAGUUGGACGUACUAACAAAUUCUCUAAAAUGAUGUUGGAGGCGGCUUAUGGUAGAGAAAUUAAGAUUUAAUUCUCUGGCAAAAGCCUUGGUGGACAUUCCUGUAACCAGUAUGCCAAUUGCACAUUCCCUUGAAAUUUGAGACAUCUGUGGCACUGUGUUGUGUGAAAAAACUGCACAUUUUAGAGUGGUAUUUUAUUGUCCCCAGCACAAGGUGUACCUGUGUAAUGAUCAUGCUGUUUAAUCAGCGUCUUGAUGUGCCACACCUGUCAUGUGGAUGGAUUAUCUUGGUAAAAGGAGGAAUGCUCACUAACAGGGAUGUAAACACAUUUGUACACAACAUUUGAGAACAUUUCUGGGAUCUUGUAUUUCAGCACAUGAAACAUACGAUCAAAACUUUACAUGUUGCGUUUCUAUUUUUGUUUUCGUAUAAACAUGCUAGCAUAUCAAAAUCAAAUCAAAUGUAUAUAGCCCUUCGUACAUCAGCUGAUAUCUCAGAGUGCUGUACAGAAACCCAGCCUAAAACCCCAAACAGCAAGCAAUGCAGGUGUAGAAGCACGGUGGCUAGGAAAAACUCCCUAGAAAGGCCAAAACCUAGGAAGAAACCUAGAGAGGAACCAGGCUAUGUGGGGUGGCCAGUCCUCUUCUGGCUGUUCCGGGUGGAGAUUGUAACAGAACAUGGCCAAGAUGUUCAAAUGUUCAUAAAUGACCAGCAUGGUCAAAUAAUCACAGGCAGAACAGUUGAAACUGGAGCAGCAGCACGGCCAGGUGGACUGGGGACAGCAAGGAGUCAUCAUGUCAGGUAGUCCUGAGGCAUGGUCCUAGGGCUCAGGUCCUCCGAGAGAGAGAAAGAAAGAGAGAAUUAGAGAGAGCAUACUUAAAUUCACACAGGACACCGGAUAGGACAGGAUAAGUACUCCAGAUAUAACAAACUGACCCUAGCCCCCUGACACAAACUACUGCAGCAUAAAUACCGGAGGCUGAGACAGGAGGGGUCAGGAGACACUGUGGCUCCAUCCGAGGACACCCCCGGACAGGGCCAAACAGGAAGGAUAUAACCCCACCCACUUUGCCAAAGCACAGCCCCCACACCACUAGAGGGAUAUCUUCAACCACCAACUCACCAUCCUGAGACGAGGCCGAGUAUAGCCCACAAAGAUCUCCGCCACGGCACAAGCGUGCCACGUUAUGACUGACUUGUGAUCGUUGCAGUUGCUAGUCUGAUUGCAUUGACAUUCCCAGCCUUAGUUACAUUCGCCUGUUUUUGUCCAAAAAUAUUGAGUCCUUGAUACUAAAACGAUGCAUACCGAAUGGAGACAGCAAACGAUGUACCAAGCCAGCUGUGAUUUACAACCUGAUCUCAAUACUUUUGACACAUUUUUGUGCACAUGGAACAUUUCUGGGGUCUUUUAUUCCAGCUCAUGAAACCGACACUUUACAUGUUGAGUUUAUAUUUUUGUUCGGUGUAUUUUAGCACCCCAGCUAUAUUAUCAGUGAAUAUGUUGGCUCCCGGGUGGUGCAGUGGUCUAAGUGCAAGAGGCGUCACUAUAGUACCUGGUUAGAAUCCAGACUAUAUCACAUCCGGACGUGAUUGGCAGUCCCAUAGGGCGGCACACAAUUGGCCCAGCCUCGUCCGGGUUUGACCGGAGUAGGCCGUCAUUGUAAAUAAGAAUUUGUUCUUAACGGACCUGCCUAGUUAAAUAAAGGUUAAGUAAAAACAGGUUCAGAUAUAUCGGUUUGUUUUAUUUGUCUUGUUUUCACGGUUUCACCGAGAGUGCUAAAAGCUACAGAUUUACAGUGGGAAUAACUUCGCCAUAAGCUCAUUUGGGUUUAGUGUUGAGCCAUGUGAGCUAAGGUUUACUUCUCACUAUGUUAGACAUGGUUAGAAGUUAAGACUGUCAGUUUGUAAGAAACGACUGCGGCCUGUCAUCCAUCUUUAAUCUAUUCGUCCCCGUUGUUCCACUGUUAGACAGAGGUGGUAUCAGCUGUUCCACUGUCAGACAGAGGUGGUAUCAGCUGUUCCACUGUCAGACAGAGGUGGUAUCAGUUGUUCCACUGUCAGACAGAGGUGGUAUCAGUUGUUCCACUGUCAGACAGAGGUGGUAUCAGC